AUGAUAGACUGCGGCUCUGUAUUUCGUGACAGAAAAAAGUCUUGUGAUUCGGAUGAGUUUCGCCGACGCUCCGGUUCAUCACGUAGUGACGGGAAGCGAUGGGGACGUAAGGACACAGGUGGCGGCGAGUUGAGAUGUUGUAUACAACCGGAUCUGCUUCGUAGUAAUGUCGAUAAGCAUUGGUUUUUCGAGGAUGAACAGGUACGAGUGAAUGGAUCGGUGUUCGCACGGAGAGAGAAUUUCGACAACCUACUCUCCAUUAUUCCAUUGUCGAAAUUCAACGGAAUCCAUAUCAAGAUGGAAGACGAUUGUCCCCAAGGUGGUGACGAUGUUCGUUUAUGCCUUCUGAAGACGCUUGGAGCACAUAAUCAACGUACCGUGCCGUGUGUAGGAUGUCGUCGAGACAUGGUGGUGUACGAUCGAUAUCCUCUUGUUGAUGGCGUUUUCUUCCUCUCACCAGUAUGUCAUUUUGGACCACCCACGGAGGUCAUGUACGACGGAAAACGAAACUACCUGCAACAAUUGUGCGCAAGUUGUUUGUGGUCGGAUUGGCGAUGCAAUAACUGCGGCAGAGAUGGAUGGUUCAACGGCAAGUCAAUUGUACUUGGUACUUUGUACUACUAUGAUAUUGUAUCCGCUGGGAAAUGUUGUCCUCCGACAUGUACCGUAUGCCGUAGUCCACUGCUCGUUCCAGAAAAUAUCAUGAUGCAGAUUGUGAAUGGAAACUACAGUAUCGUUCACGAGCUGAUCACAUGUUCAGCGUGCGGUUCGAAGAAUUAUCACGGUAUCAGAAGAAUCAAAGAGCUGUCGAUUCGAACGGCCAAACGAUGCUACAGUAAUGAACCACUUAUUCUGGGAAAUUUCGUUCAAAUACAGAAUUCUAAUGUUCAUAUAGAUCCGGCUACAAGGAUCAUUUCUCCAGAUAAUUUCUGCUUUUGGGCUGCUAAAGAUCUUCAGCGCCCGUUUCUGAUGUCAACCACCGCGUGUCCCUCCUCCUCUGCUUCUUCUUUAUCGACUACCUCCACGUUCGCCCUCCUAGAAUGUGCUAAAUGGCCCCGCCCACCCCCGUGUGAGAUCAACCGCGUGAAAAUGAUCAUGAUGUUUCUGAACCAUCGUGCGUACCCCUCCUCGUCCUUCUUCUCCUCCUCCUCCUCCGUUGUUGCAUCGUUCAUUUUUCGUUCAUUCGUUUUAUAUUCAUUCGAUCUAUACCAGUUAUUCAUCGCUAGAAAGCAAUGUGUUUACGCGCUGUACACUUGUACGUAUUUGUUCUGCUAUGAAUAA